AUGUCGCGAACGCCCCGAACGCCACGAGAUGAUGAUUCACAUUUCAGAGGCUAUAAGAUCGAGCGCGUGUCUCAAAGCUCCAAACGAGUCGACUGGGAAGCCUCUGAUCUGAAGAUCUUCUACUACCAUAUGGCUCGCUAUCAGAUAACCUCAAGGGAAGACCUCCAGCGCGGCUUCGACGAGCUGACCCGCAAUCUCGGGAUCAUGGACAGAUCGGAAUCCUACAAGAAGGCGGUGAUGAAUAAAGCACUGAGUUCCAUACACUACCACGUGACGAAGAAGUUCCGCGAGCCGAGAACUCAGGUUCUCGUCCCCAUUAACGAGCUUGAUCCUGCUGGCGAUUAUGUUUGGAAGUGGCCGAGAUACUCGCGGCAGUGGUUGAGGGACGAUUGGGGGGAGAUCCGUAUCUUGUUCCUGAUGGGGAGGAUCGCAACGUUUUGA